CAAGAUGCUGCAGGCGAACUUCACUUUUAUCGCUUGAUUCUUCUCCCGAUUUUUUCAUACAUAAGUACUUAAGUAUGAGUAUCUUUUGGUACAACUAGGUAAAUGGGUAUCUAUUCUAUUAAGCGCCUUUGGAUUUUGCGUGGUCUUCUAGGCUAUGUUUAUUACGCAGAUUUUCUAGGUCGAAUUUUUCCAAAUGUUGAUAUGAGAAGUAAUAAUGAUAUCUGAGUCUGACGUGAAUAGAUUCGUAUUCGAACAACAGCUGGUAAAUAGGUGGACUCGUUUUUCUCGUUGUAAGGCAUGAGAAGUUAUUUGUGAUGUGCUUGGUUUGAAACUACGACUGGAAGGAACCUGGUAAGAUUUAUUCUUGAAAAUUUGGUUUUCGUUCCAUUGAAUAGUUAUUCUUGGUUUGAUCUCUCUAUCGCUCAAAAAUCGUCAUCAUGAGUCGUUGUGAGAUGCUCCAGACGGUGUCCGGUGUCUACGUCAACCGGGGUGAGAAGUAUCCACCAAAGUAUCAACCGCUCGCGACGCGAUGCCUUGGCGACCUGCACGAACUCCUGGAAGCGUCGGCUUCCUUUGGGGCCCAGAUGCGUGGUGGUGUGAGCAGCUCCGCGAGCACUGACGAUGGCGGAAUCGAACCCAUCGUACGGGAUGCCAAGUUAGGCGUGGACGCGGAUACAGUGAAAGAGGUCUUUCAAAAGUGGCUCACCGAGUCCGGAGCGUGCACGCGGUAUUUUCGGAAGGAAGCUCCGACGUUCAGCGCCGGCGCGGCUUCGCACCUAACGAGACAGCAUGCUGCAAAGUCAGGCUUUGCCGCGAAACAGCAGGAAGAGGACCUCAAGCUGGCUGCAAAGGGAGACUUGUUCGAUGAUAACUUCGCGCUUGGUUCUGCGGCUGAGGAUCAAACCGACAAAAAGCUAGCAAAAAGCAAGGGCGCGGCAAUGAAAAAUGCAAACAACAAGGCUGCCGUUUCUAAAAUGGAGGAAUCCGCGAUGAAAUCGACGGAAAAAGCGGGCGUGAAGAAAGAGGUGAAGAAGAGCAAUGACAAGGCAAAAACCGCUUCGACGAAGACGAAGGCCACUUCAAUGGCAAAGAAAGCUGGCGCAGGAGCGCCGAAAGGAGGGAAAUCGAUGGCAAUGGCCAUGAAAAUGGCAAAAAGAGUGACCUCUACCGCCGAUUCGUUGCCAUCUUCCGGCAUGAUGUCAACACUCCAGAAAGAGCCCGAUGCGCAUGGCGCAGGCGCGGGUCCAUCUUCAAGCAGCGCAGGAAUGUCCUUUCUUUUCUUUAACGAUGCGGAAGCUGGAGAUUCGACCUCGUCAUUAGCCAAGAAAUCUCGCGCAUCGAAGGUCGCAAAGACGAGUACCGCAAAAAUGGCGUCGGGUACCAAGAUGGGCAAGAGCGCGUCAACUCCGAGAAAGUCGGCUGCAACUGCGGAGGAGAAAGAGGCUGCGCCUGCAAUUGCCAGUGGUCAACAACCGGAUCACUUCUGCAACGAUUGCGGACAGCACUACCGUAGUCGGAACACUUUGCGACGGCAUGAUUGCACAGCGCGUGAGCCCGAAGAGAACUACCGGAGUACGAUGUUUAGCGGCGAAUCCACAGGUAAUUUGAUGGAGCGCGCGAAAGCGGCGGCCUUGGGACGAGAGUUUGGCCACGAAGAAAACACGAAUAAUGGGACGCCCCAUUACGUGCUCGCGAACCAGAAAACUUCUGUGCGGGGUUCGCAUCACAGCCACGGCCAUUUUUACCCUGUAUACGGUAAGGAUCGCACUGCUGGUUCGAAGGUGAUUCCCAUUGACGAGUACCCCAUGUCCUCGGACGAAGACGACAAGCAAAUGCUGCAAUUCGUGCGAGACACAAGCAAAGCAAAUGUGGAAGCUGGAGACAAGAAAUCGUCCUCGUCGAUGAAAAAAGCGCCCGCGUCAAAGUCUUCAAAGGCGGGGAGCAACAAGGUGGUCCCAGCGCUGGCGGGCUUGGAGGAGGCCUCAGCAGACGCCAAAGCAGCAGCGAAAGCGGAAAAGGAAGCGGCAGCUGCAGCGGCGCGUGAGAAACUGCCAGAAUUCUGGAAGAAGUUGGGUGCUAGCAAAGAAGACCUUCACCCCGAAUUGAAAAGCCACAGCCACGCCUACACGAUUAAUGUUGUGUCGCCUCACAAGGCAGUCACGCAGUUGCGAUCCCCGGCCACGGGACCUGAAAAGAAAUGGGCAAAGCUGGUGAAGAGCGCUGUUGCGGCCAGCUCAGAUGAGGGGGAUGUGGAUUCCAAAAUAGGAGACUCUCGCGCCACUCACAGCGAGGACACCAAGUCCAAAAAAGCAGAGUUCUCGCCUACUAAAAAGGAGGUCAAAAUUGACGCACAGUCUCCUGAACUCGGGAAAAACAAAAAAUUCGCAAAAGCUGCUGCUAAACGUCCGAACGUGCACGGAACGCCGCUACUGUCAGCCACUUCGACGGAGAAAAAUGAGAAGAAAGCAUCGGCGGCUCCAGCUGCUGCUGCAUCUGCGAAAAAACCGUCAAGCCCUAGGCGGGAUGCUGCAGCAUAUAUCAACAUCAGUGAGAAGCAGAGAAAAAGUGAGCUAGACGCGUUUCUGGGUGAAAUGCUCGGCAAGGAUCUGGAUGUCGGACAGAUUGGGAAGCGCGUUCCGAAGAGCCAGCUAUCUGCGAAGACUUCGAGCACCAUGAAGAUAAUGAGAAAGUCUACCUCAUCUGCAGACGUCGCUGACAAAGACAAUAAGUCCGAUGCUGCAUCCUCGUCUACCUCAAAGAUGGCGAUGAAAAACGCAGGAGCUCUCAAGCAUCAUACUGACAUGUCUGAAGCGCAUCAUGAUGCAGGCUCUAUUCUGGAAGAGGAGAAGCUCUUUUUCAUGUUCUCGAAUCUCUUGACCGAGGACAUUCGUGAGGCCCACUACAUGGGUGUUUUUUGCCUUCUCAAGCACUUUGCUAGUUACUGGACCCUCGAAGGCCUCGAACGCUUUUUCGUACUCUUCAGGCAGAAAAACUCCUUUCUGGCUCGCAUUGCAGGACUCGAAGACGCGAACACAGCGGCUUUUUGCCGCCACGAACUCUGCGGAAUCGGUUUGCCAAAACGCGGGCUCACAAGCUACGUACCCAAAUCCACGGCUGCACUCUUGCCUCCGAUGCCAACGACCGUUCAACUCGCUGGCGCGUCGCCCCUCAUGAAGAGCCGCGAUGCUGGGAAAGACGGCGACCGUGUGACAGCAGGACUUGAGAGCUACGUGCAAGAGCUCAUGCGCGGCUGGGGAAUGGAUGCAUCAGGAGGCAAAUCGGGCGAGUCGUCCUCGAAAAAGGAGUCCACAACCGCCGACGUUGCCGCGUCAACCCGAAGCUCAGCACACAAAAGACAGUCAUUGACAGCCGCUGAACUUGAAGGGAAAUAUUUCACCGUGACAGUCUUCGUGCAUUCGCUUUCAUUCGUGGCUCAGUGGCUAAUCGCACCCGCGAUGUUGAAGUACGAGUCAGCCCAAAGGAAACUGCUGAAGGAUGACAAACUCGAACCGGUUGUGUCGUCGGUCACCUCGUCUUCUUCUCCCGUCAAACACCCAUCUGUGGCGCCAUUACCUCCGAUGAGCGCGAGUGCUCAUCCACCUACAGCUGCUGUAGGUAGCACAAAGCCUAGUCCAGCGCUACCACUACCAGUUGCAGACUCACCGAGACAGACUCCGCUGACGCCGGGUCGGAGGGCGCUCACAGUCACGGCGAGCGUGCACGAACUCUCGGUACUAAUUGUAAUUGAUCAUGUGGGAACCAGUACCAGAAUUCAAAGUGGCUUCUUCAUAUUUAUUAAUAAUUCAAUAUGCUGGCGAUCUUCUUCAAACUAUAGUAAAAGUAGAAAGAAGAUGAGGUCGUUUAUACAGAUCUACGUACUCCUACAACUUACUCACAGAUCUACUAUACAACAUACAAGCACUAUAAUUCUGUAGGAACGAUACUACUUCUAGGACGAGGAUUUUCUCGCGGCUCACUUGUUCUGCUUCUGGAUUUCUUUCGCUGUUGCAUUUUCAUUUUCUUGAACAUUUAUAAUCUUCAUCAUUGUGACUUUUUUGUAUGUAAUAAUAUUUCAACGACAUUCUCAGCAUGUACCGGGUUACCAGGGUCUUUCCGAGACUGUACAGGAUUCUGUGCUACCAUCUUCGGUUGCUAUCAAUCCAAUUUUGAAGCAUCACCUUUCUCCGAAGCUAAGGGAGGUGCGCGAAGAGGUAAACCACGCCGUGGCUUCCGGCAGCGGACCCGUAACGAAGGUUCGAUUUCAGGUUGACUCGCCACGAGCAGGUGCACGACAACAAGGACAAGGAGCGGUACUACAUGGUGUUCUGAUUGUGUAGUUGAUGAUUAUGAAGAACUAUGCUGAUAACUCGUAGUCGAAAGCAGAGCAGCUAUCGAAUGAGUUAGUACUCACAAACACAACAAGGAUGAGGAUGUAAUAAAAGUAUCAUGUAUUAGGAAAGAAGGAUCUUCUGCAUUUUCUUGUAAUAGUACGACUGUGCUCGAUCAUGAUAACAAAGAUGCAGAUGAUUUGAUGUAGAAGUUGUAAGAAGAAUAGAUGAAGCAACUCAAACGAGCAUAGCAUAUUGAAUAAACGCGUCUUCUUCCCCGAUCCAAUCUUUAGGGCUCACCGGCCAAGCGACGACGAACGGACGAUUCUGCUGAUGAUGAAGUGCGAGAUCAGAGUUGGCAGUUUGGAUUAGGCCAUGCUGAUCGGUGGGCGAAGAAGCACUCAUCGCUUGAUAGUCCCAACCCCUGGUUGAAAGACGUUGCCGUAAAGAUUUCCAGUACGGAAAUGAAAGGUGGCAAGCAGGCUGCGAAAGGCAAGGGCAAGAGUUACAGCAAUGGUUCACCCUCGCUCGGCCCGAUGAUGCCACCCUCGGCAAUGAACAAAGGUCAAGGAAAACAAGCGAUGCCAACUGCCGGGCAAUCCCCCUUCAGUCCUAGCAAUCGUGCUGUGUACAGCAGCCCGACCGGGUCUUCGGCUGUCCCUGGCGGUCUACUCUUUCAGGCCCUCUCAUCAAGUGUUCCAGGCGCCCAGAGUGUGAAGCCACCUGCUCCAUCCUCGGCUGGAACGCCAUCUUCAGUCGUACCAGCUAACACCGCACCGACUGCUUACAUCGUUCCCGUAGAGCAAUUCGUGCGGACCCCACAGCAGUGGCGACAGUGGUACUUCGUGCAGCUACCGAACCUCGCGAAGCUCGCUCUGGCAGGAAGCGGUCGAGCGCCGUACAAGGCCUACUUCGAGCAUUUGGCCCGUUUAGAUCGCGUUUUAUUUGCUUCGGGAGCGCACAAUAUCAAGAUCAAGGGUCGGGGAGGAUUAGGUGUUGCGCCAGGCAUGAGCCCAAGCAGAACGCCUCUCGGAGGACCAAGCGCCUCGGAUGCCUUGAGGAUACUCGAAAAUGCAUACCCUACAGAUCAGUGGAUCCUGCGUGACGCAGGGCAUCCCCUGAUUUGUGCGCUCUGCAUCCUGCAAUGCCCGUGGAUUGGAUCCGAAGCCCGACUCCUCGCUUACGUCAAGUUUGCGCUCAUCAAAUAUCCAACACUGCAGUUGCCGGAACCGAUUUUGGAGGCGGCAAGGUACUUGUUGUUGUUGACGGAUCCUAGGACAUUAAAUUUCGUAGUCGUGCUAAAUGCAUUUAUUAUGCAGCUCCUUCAUUCAUGAUCUUGGAUGUUGGAAAAGCCAUUGGGAUGAUAAUAUGUGUUUGUACAACAGCAAUAAAAGUACUAGUAGUUUUACUCUUGGCUUUUGAUCAUGAUAACCAAAAAUGUAGCAAUCUCUUUAACAGAUCUGGUCAUGCUCUGUCGCCGACCGAGGAGCCGGAAGAAGAUGAGCGUAGUGCAAAGCGUGCGCGAACGGAGCCACGACUCUCGUCAGCUGAUUCGCCUUCGACGCGGGAGUGCACGCCACAAGAGCUGGCAACGCUGCGUGCAGCAAUUACACUUGCUCUCUCCCUGCAUGUAAAACGGAACGAAGCGGCCGCUGGUGCAGUUCGACGGUUUCUAUCCGAAGAGUCCCAGAUUACCGCAUCUGUGAGAGUCGAUUUUUCACAUGCUUCGAUGGUUGACGCUGACUGGCAGGCGCUGAGGUCGCAGAUCGAGGUAGUCGAGCCCUAAAUUGCGUGACCGGAGAAGCAUUCGCUACAGUUUAGUUCCUCUUGCCCAUUAUAGAUUUGUUGUUGUCUUACGUAAAACAAAACGCAGAAAACAAAAAUGCCCGACGCGAAACAUAUCAUGGUUUGUGUUAGAAAAAAAAAUGCAGUAGUAGUUUUAGAGCGAACAAGAAAAAAUCCGUCAACGUCCAAAGAACUAUAUGCAAAAUUGGUAUUUUCCGAGGCAUGUAGUAAGACAAACUUGAAAUUGAAUUACAUAAUCGAGCUAAUGUCAUUGAUUUUUCUUGAUUUUUCUUCGCAUUAGUGUUGGAAAAGUUUAAGUCUAAGUGAAGGAGAGAUGUAAUCACUCAUAAU